AUGGCUCCACACCCCACCGCCGCCACCGCCACUACCGCCACCGCCGCCGCCACGACCGCCGCCAUCUUGCUCCGCAUCUUGUUGAUAAAGCAAUGCCCUCAACAAGAAAAAUUCAAAAAUGGAGGAGGUCGAUGUGUGUGUGUGUGUCUGUGUGUGUGUGUGUGUGUGUGUGUGUGUGUGUGUGUGUGUGUGUGUGUGUGUGUCUGUGUGUGUGUCUGUGUGUGUUCUGUCUCCUCUCUCUCCUCUCUCUCCUCUCUCUCCUCUCUCUCCUCUCUCUCCUCUCUCUCCUCUCUCUCCUCUCUCUCCUCUUCUCUCCCUUCUCUCUCCGAUCUCUCCUCUCGCCUCUCUCUCUUCCCUCCUCCCUCGCCUCCCUCGCCUCUCUCGCCUCUCUCGUCUCUCACCUCUCUCACCUCUCUCGCCUCUCUCGUCUCUCACCUCUCUCACCUCUCUCACCUCUCUCGCCUCUCUCGUCUCUCACCUCUCUCACCUCUCUCUCUCUCUCUCUUUUUCGUGUUUGUUGUUUGUGCUUUUCUUUCUCCCUACCUAUAA